GGCCGGUAGUGACGUCACGAGACCUGCCAUUAGCGGGAAAACUUGUUUUACGGAUCCCGCGCAAAGGGCGCGCGCUGAACUCUUUUAAGUGUUCUAUUUCCAGGCUUAGCGCUGCCAUGAGUCUCUGGGUGGAUAAAUACCGGCCCUGCUCUUUAGGACGACUGGACUAUCACAAGGAGCAGGCAGCGCAGCUCCGCAACCUGGUGCAGUGUGGUGACUUUCCUCACCUCUUAGUAUAUGGACCAUCAGGAGCUGGAAAAAAGACAAGAAUUAUGUGUAUUUUACGUGAACUUUAUGGUGUUGGAGUUGAAAAAUUGAGAAUUGAACAUCAAACCAUCACAACUCCAUCUAAAAAAAAAAUUGAAAUCAGCACUAUUGCAAGUAAUUACCACCUUGAAGUUAAUCCCAGUGAUGCUGGAAAUAGUGAUCGAGUCGUGAUUCAGGAGAUGUUGAAAACUGUGGCACAGUCACAGCAACUUGAGACAAACUCUCAAAGAGAUUUUAAAGUGGUAUUAUUGACUGAAGUUGACAAACUCACUAAAGAUGCUCAACAUGCUUUGCGUAGAACCAUGGAAAAGUAUAUGUCCACUUGCAGGCUGAUCUUGUGCUGCAAUUCUACAUCGAAAGUGAUAUCCCCUAUUCGUAGUAGGUGCCUGGCCAUUCGUGUACCUGCUCCCAGCAUUGAAGAUAUUUGUCAUGUGUUAUCUACUGUAUGCAAAAAGGAAGGUCUGAGUCUUCCUUCACAGCUGGCUCAGAGAAUUGCAGAAAAGUCCUGCAGAAAUCUCAGAAAAGCUCUACUGAUGUGUGAAGCCUGCAGAGUACAACAGUAUCCUUUUACUGCAGAUCAAGAAAUCCCUGAGACAGAUUGGGAGGUUUAUCUGAGGGAGACGGCAAAUGCUAUUGUCAGUCAGCAGACGCCACAGAGACUCCUUGAAGUUCGUGGAAGACUGUAUGAGCUUCUAACUCAUUGUAUUCCUCCUGAGAUAAUAAUGAAGGGCCUGCUCUCAGAACUUUUACAUAAUUGUGAUGGACAACUGAAAGGGGAAGUUACCCAGAUGGCAGCUUAUUACGAACAUCGUCUACAGCUGGGUACCAAAGCCAUUUAUCACUUGGAAGCGUUUGUGGCCAAAUUCAUGGCACUUUAUAAGAAGUUCAUGGAGGAUGGAUUGGAAGGCAUGAUGUUCUGAUUUCAGUCAGCAAUUCUUCCAUUUGUUUUCAGAACUAUCAUCUACAUACAAUUUAUAUUGGGAGAGCCAUGGAUAUAAUAAAGUAACCACUUAGUCAUGUCUUAUUUGCAUUUUUUUAUAUAAUGUUUCUUCUGUGAACUACUAAUCAUUACUCUGUGUCUUAAAAAAUUGUUCCUGUAGUAUUUAAAUAUAUUGAAAGGACACAAUUAGAAACUGUACCUAGAAAAUGAUUUACUUUAUACAUUUGUUUCUCAAGUAUACAUUGUAUGAUAUGUCCACUUUCUUCUGUCUAAUCUCUUACCUGUUGAAGGAAAUUUACACCUAAGGAUUAUUUUGUAUCCCUCCAGAGUUACAUUUUUUGCAGAGAAUUUAGGGAUUCUAGCACAAUAUAGCAUGAGAAUAUUUCAGUGAUUUGAAUAAAUAUCAGUCACUAAGAAAUAAACAUUGUUUUAAAUGUGUGGACUCCUGAGGAAAAUAUUCUUAUAGUUUGACUGUUUCUUGGUUUUCAUUUUGUAGUUUAGCAUUGAUGAGAUAGAUGUACGUGUGAACUUAUGCUUGGUGUCAUACUGUUCCUUAUGUCAGGAUUUUUCAGUCUUUAUCCAGGCUUGUAACUUUAGGCUAGGGAAGAUAUAUACAGAUUUUCCUUUUUCAAUCAAGUCUGUAGGUUUCAUCCAAAAAGUUAUAGAUUUCCCUUUUUCUUGUACUAAGUCAGAUCUAUUACUGCGAUUGCAAGCAGCCUUGAAUGUGUAAACCUACGAUUUUUACUGACCAAGGACUAUGCCUUAGAUUUGGUUUUUCUGUGUAUUCCAUGGGUUCAUGUAUUGAAAUUUAAUCCCCAUUGUGAAGUAGUAAGGGUGGGAACCACAUGGCUGCCAUUGGCUGACAGGAAGCUGUUGGCUCAGCCCAUGACUGCUGCUGGCUCAUAGGAAGAGGCUAGCUGUUUCUUGGUGGUUUUCCCAGGCUGCAUAGCUGUUGCUGGUUCACAGGAAGGGUUGGCGUGGCCCAUAACUGCUCUGGUUCAUAGGAAGAAGUUAGCUUCUUGGUUCUCUUCCCAGGCUGCAUGACUGCCACUGCCUCACAGGAAGGGGUUGGCCUGGGCCCUCUUCGUGGUUCUUCCUGGGUUUUCUCACUUAAUUCUGACAGGCUUUGUACUAGACUUUAUUCUGUUUUACAGAUGAGAAACUGAAUCCAUAGGUGAGCACAGGCUUCACCCUAAUAAAUUCACAAUUACCAACCAAGAAAUAGGCCCUCAAAGUGCACAAACAAACGUGUUUCUCUAAUGUAGGCUCCACAAUACCUCUCUCAAAACUUAAUUUGGAAGAGAUCACCUUACCUCUCUAUCAGCCCGCUUGUAAAAAUAAAUCUGUAUGCAUUCCA